AGAUGGUUGAGAUCACCACUAGAGGGGAGGCGAACGAGAGCCGACCGGCCAAGAUCCCAGGCUACCGCGGACAUGUGCCAUACAUUCGCCAUCAGGUCGGCAUGACGUACAGCAAGUCAGUGCUGGAAGCGCAAGACCCAUCCGUUCGCUCGCGCAUCACCUCGCACUCGAUCCUCAGCCACCGUCACGAUGGUUACACUAUCCCAGGUCAUGAAGACUUCCCGUUCAAGGAGGAGAUCUACCGAAAGCGCCCGGAGAGCAACGCGACGAUCAUCCCUCACUACCAGGGUCACUGCCCCAAGUGGCAGAGGACGUACGGGAAGACGAUGGGGGCCUAUAGCUCAGCAGUGAUGACAGAUUUCCUCAACCGAACGAGAGAAACGGCUCGAUCUCCUCGGGUCAAGACUCCUUCCUCAACCAUCUCUGCCAUGCCGGACUCAGUGAGCAAGGGCGAGACGAAGAAGCUCUACGAUGAUCGGGGGUUCAUCCCCGGUACCAUGCUGUACGUUCGGGGCAUCUCGGAGAGGUUUGGACAGAGCACAUCGAAGCUGUCGAGGCAAGCGUUGUUGGAGCCUGUGAUGAAACCCUGGGCCCCGCUGACAGAUCCUGUCGAUGGAAAGACCAUUGAUCAUCUUUCUCUUCACCCAAGUUACAGUGGAUUCAUUCCUCGCUGCCUCCCCGCCUUUUACAGACGUGAUUCUGCAAAGCCGUCUCAGGGGACAGCGAUCCACCAUGAAGCGCAUGAUGCGGUCGAGGACAAUAAUAAGGAUGAUGCUGAAAACCAAGCUAAAGAGGAUGAAGGAGAGUCGACGAAUCUGGAAGACGAAGAGUAAUGGAAGUGAAUGAAUAGUUACGGUGUUGCUCUGAUCGCAGUUUUUGCAACCAUGGACAUUCAGUGAAUCCUUGUUAAAUAAAAGGCUUUUGAGAAAGAGAAAUAAUCUUAGCAAAAGAGCAGGCAGAUAUUUCAUUUAAAUCAGCUUGGCCCUAAUAAAACAAGUUCCUAAUC